AUGCUUUCCGCCACAUCAUACAUCUUCUCCAACGACACCGACGCCACAAACUUCCGUCGUGCUGUCAGGGAGACAAUCGCUGGCUCGGGAGCCAGUGCCCAAGAGGUACAAAGAGCAUACUUUGCAUACAUGCGCUCUCAACAACAACGACAACAACAACAACAUCAAGGCUAUGAUACCAAUACUGCAGAACAGCAACAAUUUACUCCACCACCAGCAUACUCUGAAACCACAGACAACGAACCUCUGCCAGCCUACUCUGCCGCACUCAUCAGCGAACCAAACCAACAGUCGCCAACCGCACAGCUAGAUUUCUUGCUCCAUGGCAAUAUCUAUACCCAGCCUUUACCACCUACAUACGAAGAAAGCAUCCACCCACCACCUUCCUACCAUCAACAGAAUGCUUCUACCUCUACACCCCGACCAUCAAACGAGUCACAACUAUCCCAUCAAUCCAUCACCACAAUCUUCGCCAACUGCACCACCCGCACACCGCAAAAACAACUGCACAAUAAAAGCAUUCAAGCUAUCCACCUGACACCACAAGGCGACAUCUCGACUCCAUCCAAGUCAACAAGAUCAAAGUCUGGGGUUAUAAAGAGAGUGUUCCGGUACAAGGGUUUGAUGACUGCAAGGGGGCUUUGGUAA